AUGGACAAAGAUUUUGACCUUGAGUCUCUUAUCCACGUUGAACAAACUUUCUAUGACUCCGGCUUCCAAGAUGGCUUUGAGCAUGGUCGUAUCCACGGUUUGAUUGAAGGCAGGGCCUUGGGCAGAGAAAAAGGAUUCGAAAUGUGGGAAGAGCUGGGGUAUUACGAAGGUUUUGCAUUGACUUGGAGAGCUAUACAUGAAAAACAAUCAAGACAAGAUCACCGUUCAAUACCACACAUUCGUAAUCUCCUCGAGCUCAUCUCCCAAUUCCCGACCGUCAACCCAUCUGCUACUGAUGCGGCGUCCGAUGUGGACAUCUCAAAACUCCUGCGCCAGAUCCGAUCCAAAUAUAAAAUUCUGUGCUCAAAUCUUGGUGUGCGGCCUAGAUUGACAGCAUCUCGACAGACACCAUCUCAGGAUCAUGAAGAGGAGGACAUGGGUCCUGACGACAUCCCGGAGCAGAAGAGUCAGUUGCCUGUCUGGAAGAUAGAGAAAGGGAAUGGCCUCAAUGCCAGUAACUGGAAAAAAUCUCAGCUUUUGAUGCUUGGCGUGUGUCCUUCCGCCAGGAUUGUCUCUCCCGAAUCAAAAAGCAGCCAGCCCGUUGAGUAA